CGGCAGGAAGUGCGACGAAGCACUUCCCUUGAAGCCACUCGCGCGGUGUCCGGCGACGGCGGAAAGGGACACGUAGCGUGGAGCUCGGCCGUGUCAUCCCGAACCGCUAGGAUGGUGACCGACGUGCAAUUGGCCAUCUUCGCCAACAUGCUGGGCGUGUCGCUCUUCCUGCUCGUCGUCCUCUACCACUAUGUGGCCGUCAACAACCCCAAGAAGCAGGAGUGACGAUUCCAACCCCCCCGCCACCCCCCCAAGCAGAGCAGAGACCGCCAGCGUCAUGCCCCAGCGAACGACAACAGCCUCUUCCCUGCGCCCUCGGACAAGAACGAGCCACCCGUAGCUGUGA